AUGUCAAACGAAUACAAUAAUCCAAACAAAUACAUUGUAUUGAGAAGUAUCAAUAAAAAUCAUAUUGAUUCAUGUAUUGCGUUGUAUCAGUUAAGAACUGAAAACGAAGAAGAGUUAAACUCUAUUUACAAAAUGAUCAAAACAAAUUUAAUUGAUUCAAAGGAAUUUCUUCCAGAAAAUAUUAUGAAGGAUAUUUUAGAUAUUAUUCCGUAUAAUAAUCGCUAUAUUAAGUCAUAUUUGGCUCUUGCUAAACUUAUAUUUGAUGAUUAUCAUGUCAAAGAGGUCAGCGAUAUUGGCAGUUUUUCAAGCUUCCUGUUUUAUAAAGAAUAUGGAAUUAAAUUAAAAAUGUCUGAUAAUUUCGAACAAUUACAAUCAGAAUAUAUAGAAAUUCAUGCAGAAAAUACAAUUUACGAAGCAAUUAUGUAUAAUAAUCUAGAAAGAUUCAUUUCAUUCACUGAAAGAAAAGGAUUUAAUAAAGAUCAAAAGCUUAAAAACCAAUUAUAUCCAUAUUCCGAGGAAGGAUAUUCAUUACUUGAAUUAUGUUGUUAUCAUGGAGCAGUUGGUUGUUUCAAGUUAUUAAGAACAAAAUUUCACUCGAAAAUAACGAAAAAAUGUCUCAGACUUUCAUUUUUAGGGAGAAAUCCAGAGAUCAUGAAUGAAUGUUUGAAAUAUCAAAAACCUGAUGAAAAAUGCAUGAAAUAUGCAAUUAUUUCACACAACAUUGAUUUUGUUACAUUUUUGGUUAAUGAAUACAAUUUAGAGAUUGAUUUAUAUUAUUGUAAGAUUUAUAACAAUCUUGAAUCGCUAUUAGUUUAUUUCGAUCUAACUAAUGAUAUUAGCCGCAGCUUUUCAUAUUCUUUGAAGUUUAACAUUCCAUCUCUCUGUAAUUAUUUCAUUUCAAUUGGUCUCGAUAUUAAUGAAAAAUAUAGUGAUGGAGAAACCGUACUUCAUGAAGUAGCAAAAAAUAAUAGUAAAGAAAUGAUUGAACUUCUUCUUUCACAUGGUGCAAAUAUUAAUGAAAAAGAUAACCGUAGGGAAAACAUUCUUCAAGUUGCAGUAAAAAAUAAUAGAAAAGAAACAAUCGAAUUUCUUCUUUCGCAUGGUGCAAGCAUUAAUGGAAAAGGUCCCUAUGGAAUAACCGCUCUUCAAAUUGCAGUAACUAAUAAUAGAAAAGAAAUAGUUGAACUUCUUCUAUCACAUGGUGCAAAUAUCAACGAAAACGAUGGCUUUAGACAAACUGCCCUUCAUAUUGCAACAAUAAAUAAUAAUAAAGAAAUAGUUGAACUUCUUCUAUCGCAUGGUGCAAAUCCCAAUAAAUUCAAUGAUUAUGGACAAACUGCUCUUCAUAUUGCAGUAAAAAGUAAUAGUAAAGAAAUAAUUGAACUUCUUCUUUCACAUGGGGCAGAUAUUAAUCAAAAAGAUAAUGGUGGGAGAAACUGUCUUUAUUAUGCAGUAUAUUAUGAAAAUAGUAUAGAACUUGUCGAACUUCUCCUUUCACAUGGUAUAAACAUUAAUGAAAAAGAUUCCUACGGAUAUACUGCUCUUUAUAUUGCAGUAAUUGAAAAUAAGAAAGAAAUACGUGAACUUCUACUUUCUCAUGGUGCAAAAUAUAAAUGA